AGUCAUGUUCAUAGUUUAAGAAAAGCAUCGCAGUCUCCCAUAUAAAAAGAAGGAAAUCCGAAACUCGUUCUUCACUUUUCCUAGUGAUUCUAAAUCGCAAUAAUCUCAAGAUGAAGUCUACACAAUAUACAUUUAUAUUUUUUGCUUUCGCUCUUUUGCUGUGCGCUCCCUAUAAACCCGUUGAGGCUCUCAUAGAUCUUGAAGACACCCCACCAUGCGUACAAGUUGUGUUAGAUGCCGUGGGUCAGACAUUGUCCUACUUUGCCAUACCUACCGUAAAAGAAUUGGCUACAUGUAUGAACUUCGUUCCUAGGAAGACUGAAAACUUGGACGCUGUGGAUUUAGUUUUACUAGCAUAUGAAUUCGUUAUUCGGGCUAGUGGCGACUUUAGGUGUUUAUCCAAAUCACUUCAUUCGCUGACCAAAUCGUUGAAGCCAUAUGCCAGGAAGUGGAAUAAGUUGGGUUGCAACCGGAUCUUUCUCAAUGUUGGUCCCUUGAGCACUAAUGACGACGUGAAUGCUAAAGAAUAAAAAAUAAAAAUUGCAAUGCUGCUACUCUAACAUCUCAAACAUUUUGUCCUUAAGGGUACUAGUAAAUUUA